CCCCCGCCCCUCCGCGCACACCUCUUGGUGCAGAUUGCGAAGCGUCUUCCGUUGAGAGAGCUGCAGAUUUUGCAAGAGCCAGGCUCGACCACCUUAUAGAAGGAGCGCCUUGAGUCCCCUUAAACCCUCUGUUGCAAGGAGCUGGCCGCCUGGUUUGAUCAAACCCUCACCCAGACUGCAUGGUCUCCUGGGACCCUCCAGAGUUGCACGUUUCUGCAGCGAGGACUGCAAAUCCCCGUAGCUCCUAGGAUUUGCACUGUUCUGGAUACUGGAAUCUUGCAAGCUGCGCUCGCCUGAACCUGGGCAGACACUUGCCCGAACCACAGGAGUUUACCGUUGAGUGGCAGGUCAGCUCAUCGUCUCUCCAUGAGCCCGUGAACCUGCGGGCAGGUGCCCGGCGAUGGCGCGGCCCCAGAGUGACAGGACCCCGGCCCCCCUGCUGCUGGGCGGCCCGGCCGGGACCCCCCCUGGCGGGGGAGCGCUGCUUGGGUUACGGAGCCUUCUGCAAGGGACCAGCAAGCCCAAAGAACCGGCCAGCUGUCUCCUGAAGGAAAAGGAGCGCAGGGCGGUUCUGCCGGCAGCCACGGUUCCCGGGCCCAGCCUGGAGUCGGCAGGCCCGGCGGCGGGCCCGGCGGAUGCCCCAGCUGGGGCGGUGGUGGGCGGCGGGUCCCCCCGAGGGCGCCCGGCAGCUGCGCCUGGCCCGAGUCUGUUGGCGCCGCUGCUGUGGGAACGGACGCUGCCAUUCGGCGACGUGGAGUACGUGGACCUGGACGCCUUCCUGCUGGAGCACGGGCUCCCUCCCAGUCCACCGCCCCCCGGUGGCCCAUCACCGGCACCUUCGCCCAUGCGCACGCCCGCACCCUCCCCGGGGCCCGGUUCCUGCUGCUCGGCUUCCCCUCGCUCCUCGCCGGGGCACGCCCCCGCCCGGGCUGCCCUCGGGGUGACAGGCGGACACCGCGCAGGCCUGACCUCUCGGGACACACCCAGCCCUGUGGACCCAGAUACCGUGGAGGUGCUGAUGACCUUUGAACCCGAUCCUGCUGAUUUAGCUCUGUCAAGCAUUCCGGGCCAUGAGACCUUUGACCCUCGGAGACAUCGCUUCUCAGAGGAAGAACUUAAGCCCCAGCCCAUUAUGAAGAAGGCGAGGAAGAUCCAGGUGCCAGAGGAGCAGAAGGAUGAAAAGUAUUGGAGUCGGCGGUACAAGAAUAACGAGGCAGCCAAGCGGUCCCGCGACGCCAGGCGCCUUAAGGAGAACCAGAUAUCCGUGCGGGCGGCCUUCCUGGAGAAGGAGAAUGCCCUGCUCCGGCAGGAGGUGGUGGCCGUGCGCCAGGAGCUGUCGCACUACCGUGCUGUGCUCUCCCGCUACCAGGCCCAGCACGGGGCCCUGUGAGGCCAUCCCCCUUUCCCCACCUGGCGGAGCUCACCUCCGCCUCACUCAGACUUGCGCCCAGACGCCUCCUUCCCUCCCCACCCUGUGGCCCACGGGCCGGUCAGCUGGGUGCCCCAGGGACGUGAGGAUGCAGAUAAAUACAUUUAUAUUUUUAAGAAAAAGCGAGCCUCCCCCCUCCCUCGCGGGGGCGGGGAGAGUCUUCUGUGUGCCCCUGGCACGUCGGGGGGCCCGUCCUCCCGCCGCCUCCGUUUAACACGAUCCUGAAUAAAUCUUGAUAACCCUAGAGCCA